UGAGGUUGGCGGGAAUGGCGCCGGCCGGCGUCGCCGGCGCGGAUGAUGACGCGGCAGCGAUGCCCUACUACGUGCCCAUGAAGGCGACGUCGGAGGGGGUGUGGCAGGGGGACAACCCGCUGCGCUUCUCGCUGCCUCUGGUCAUCGUGCAGAUCUGCCUUGUUGUCGCCGUCACCCGUGGUCUCGCCUUCGCCCUCCGCCCGCUCCGCCAGCCGCGCGUCAUCGCAGAGAUCAUCGGCGGCGUCCUCCUGGGGCCGUCGGCGCUGGGCCGGAGCAAGGUGUUCCUUGACAACGUCUUCCCCAGGGAGAGUCUGACGGUGCUCGACACGCUGGCCAACAUCGGCCUGCUCUUCUUCCUCUUCCUCGUCGGCCUAGAGCUGGACCCUGCCUCGCUCCGGCGCACCGGCCAUCGCGCCCUGGCCAUCGCCGUGGUCGGGAUUUCCUUCCCGUUCUCCCUCGGAGUUGGCUCCUCUCUCGUGGUCCGCGCCGCCAUCACGCCCGACGCCCCGCGCGGUCCGCUCAUCGUCUUCAUGGGAGUCGCGCUAUCCAUCACGGCCUUCCCGGUGCUCGCCCGCAUCCUCGCCGAGCUCAAGCUCCUCACCACCGAGCUCGGCCGCAUGGCCAUGUCGGCGGCCGCCGUCAACGACAUCACGGCAUGGAUCCUGCUGGCGCUCGCCAUCGCGCUUUCGGGCUCCGGCUCCCCGUUCGUGUCCAUCUACGUCUUCCUCUCGGGGGCCGCGUUCGUCGGCCUUGCCACCCUGCUUGUGCGGCCGCUGCUCAGGUACAUGGCGCGCCGGUCCCCGGACGGCGAGCCGGUGAAGGAGUCAUUCGUGUGCGGCACAAUGGCGAUCGUCCUCUGCGCCGGCCUUGUCACCGAUACCAUCGGCAUCCACGCGCUGUUCGGCGCGUUCGUCAUCGGCGUCCUGGUCCCCAAGGAGGGCGCCUUCGCCGGCGCGCUCACAGAUAAGAUUGAGGACCUCGUGUCGUCUCUGUUCCUGCCGCUCUAUUUCGUGUCCAGCGGGCUCAAGACGAACGUGGCCACCAUCACCGGCGUGAAGUCGUGGGGGCUCCUGGUGCUCGUCAUCACGACGGCGUGCGUCGGCAAGAUCGGAGGCACGGUGCUCACGUCGCUACUGAUGCGGGUGCCGUUGCGCGAGGCGGUGGCGCUGGGGCUGAUGAUGAACACCAAGGGGCUCGUGGAGCUCAUCGUGCUCAACAUCGGCCGCGACCGCAACGUGCUCAACGAGGAGGCCUUCGCCAUCAUGGUGCUCAUGUGCCUCGUCACCACCUUCCUCACCACGCCCGCCAUCAGCGCCGUGUACAGGCCGGCCCGGCAGGAGGUGUCGUACAUGCACCGCACUGUGGAGCGCGACGAUGCGGACGCCGACAGCGAGCUGCGCGUGCUGGCGUGCUUCCACGGCAGCCGAGGCAUCCCGACGCUGAUCAACCUGGUGGAGGCCUCCCGCGGCACAAGGCGGAGCAAGGUCACUAUGUACGCCAUGCACCUGGUGGAGCUCUCGGAGCGGUCGUCGGCGAUCUCCAUGGUGCAGCGCGCGCGCCGCAACGGCAUGCCGUUCUCGAGCAGGCGCGGGCGGAAGGGCGGUGCCGGUGGGGAGGAGGUGCAGGUGGCAUUCGAGGCGUUCCAGCGUUUGAGUACCGUGACGGUGAAGCCGAUGACGGCAAUCUCCGACCUGGCCACCAUCCACGAGGAUAUCAUCUCGUCCGCGGUGCACAAGCGCGCCGCCCUGAUCGUGCUCCCCUUCCACAAGCUGCUCUGCCACAAUGGGACGACGGUGGCCAGCGUGGGCCGGGCGUACCACCACGUGAACGUGCGCGUGCUCCGGAAGGCGCCCUGCUCUGUGGCAGUGCUCGUGGACCGGGCACUCGGCGGCAUGUCGCAGGUCUCGGCGCCUGACGUCUCCUACACCGUGCUGAUGCUCUUCUUCGGCGGGCCCGACGACCGCGAGGGACUGGCCUACGCCGUACGCAUGGCCGAGCACCCUGGCAUCGAGCUCACCGUGGCCUGCUUCACGGCCGCGGCGGCGGCGGCUGCGGCGGCGGCGACGGCGAAACAACCCGGCGCCGCGGACGAGCUCGCCGCGAUGGACGAGGAGGCAAUACAAAAGCACAUUGUCCCCGGCGCGUCUGUCAAGUACGAGGAAGUGGUUGCGCGCGAGCGGCAGGAGGUGGCGUCAGCGAUCAAGGCGUUGGGGAAAGGCAAGAAUCUGGUGGUGACCGGGCGGUCGGCGCGGGCGGUGCCGCUCGUGGACAAGAGCGACUGCCCGGAGCUGGGCCCCGUGGGGAGCUACCUGGCGACGGCGGAGUUCUCGGCGACGGCGUCCGUGCUCGUGGUGCAGCGGUACGACAGGAGGAGCGACCCGUCGUCGGAGCGGGAGGCGACGGAUGAGGACGUUGAGGACGCCGUGGUGCGUGCGCCGAUGCCGUCCCCCGCCUACACGCCCACUACGCCGUCACCGGCUGAGCAGAUUAGCCCGGACGCUGGGGAAGCCGGUACGUGACGGAGAGCGCGCACGCAAUUCCGACGUGCGUGUUGGCUGGCUAGCUAGCUAGGAUCUGAAUAGUACUCUAAUGGCGGUUAGUGUGUGCGUGGAUGCCUGGACGCGUGUUUGUACUUUGUACUUGUAGAGAACGAAACGAAUAACAGCA